AUGGCUAAACUCACCAAGAAGGUCAGCACCGUCAGCAAGUACAGGACCCGCUAUGGUGCCUCCCUCUGGAAAAUGGUGAAGAAAAUUGAAAUCAGCCAGCACACCAACUACACUUGCUCUUUCUGUAGCAAGACCAAGAUGAAGAGACAAGCCGUCAGCAUCUGGCACUGUGGUUCCUGCAUGAAAACAGUGGCUAGCAGGGCCUGGACCUACAACACCACCUCUGUAGUCACAGUGAAUUCUGCCAUCAGAAGACUGCAGGAACUGAAAGACCAGUAG